CCGAUUCAUAAGCAAUAUGCACCCCAGCCGACUCCUUCUGCAAAAGGCACAUGAGGAAAUCCAGAUGAUUUUUAGAGCUGCUAAAAUGCGUUGCCGCUCUUGAAUGUAGCUUCAGUUUAUAUUUGGCUUAAAGGAGACGCAACAAAGCGCACAAAAUGGUUGCGCUCCAGGCCCGGGCGAAUAAGUAGGUUUACUAUAGCUUUAAGAACGCGAAAACAGUGUCUGCUUCUUUAAAAUGAUAUCGGUUUAUUGCUGAAUAGGUAAUUAAGAAAAGUUUUCAAUUUCGAAUCAAUAAAUCUUUGCAUUUAAUUUGCGACGAACCCAACGCAAUCACAGAAAAUGCGUUGGAUAAAGGCCGCUUGCAGUCAAAACGUCUUUUAACCAGAUGUGGUCCGUUUUUCGUCAAAUUGCUAGAAAACCUGCUUGAGUUUAAGCGGAAUUUAAGGUAGGCUGAAGUGUCCUGACGGUGAUGGAACCGGCCGGCGACCGAACCGGGGGUGUAAAUAAACAUGAAGAGCCGGCGGAGGACAAGGCCGCAGAGCAGACCUCGGUCACCAGUACGACCGUUACACCGCGAAGGGGACUCAGGGAGCGGGGGGCGGGCCGCCCGAGGUCCGGCGUCUCCGCUUCAUUAACAGACGUUAACGGAGCAGCGUCGAGCCCACAGAGCUCAGGACGGGUUUUAAGAGACAGGUCAAUGAGGGCAGUACCGGCCUGGCUGAAGGAUACCAAGAGCGAUGACGACGAGGACGAACCGAGCCCGGACACCGGUGCGACCAAGCGGAGGAAAGUUUCCAACUCUAGGCGGAAGAAAAAUUCAGAAUCAGCAGGUCCGUCUGAGGCUGGAGCGGGGGUCGUAGGUGACAGCCUUCAAGGCACAGACUCAGAGGACCCCAAGAAACCUGCCACAGAUGCUCAAGCUCUUCCCUCCAGACGCCCCCCAGCCCAGACUCGUGCCAAGCCCCCGUCUGGCAGGGCUGUCCGAGGCUCUGCCAAGCCUGUGUGUAAGACCGAACCUGGAAUGGAGAGCCCAGCUGCAGUGGAAGGAGAAUUGAACAAUAAAGAGAAGGAUGAAAUUAAAAAGAAAGAGAAAGAGAGCGAAGGUGUUGCUGAGCCAGUCUUGGAUGAUGAAGACCCUCCAUUUGAAGAUGACCCCAACGACCACAACUACCAGCCACAGAGUCAGAGUGGUGCAGAGGAGGAAGAGGGCGUCAGUAGUGAUGAAGAUGUUCCUUAUAGAGAUGACCUAAAUGACCAGAGCUACGAUCCGAAGGCUGAAAGGGAUAUCCCUAAACCAAAGCGCCGUGCUCCUCCUAGACAGAAGGAGAAGAAAGAGAAAGAAAAGGCACCUAAAAAAGAGAAAGAGGUUGCUGAGAUAAAGAUAGAAGGUUCGGAUAACUUGGAGAGUGUGGAAGAGGAAGUAAAACUGGAGGAAGAAAUGGUGGAAGACCCGGAUGGACCCAGGAAGAGAGGCCGUCGGAAAAAAGAUGAUAAAACCCCACGGCUGCCAAAGAGAAGGAAGAAGCCCCCAGUGCAGUAUGUGCGCUGUGAAAUGGAGGGAUGUGGGACAGUCCUGGCUCAUCCUCGCUACCUACAGCACCAUAUAAAGUAUCAGCACUUGCUCAAGAAGAAGUAUGUUUGUCCUCACCCGUCUUGUGGGAGGCUCUUCCGUCUACAGAAGCAGCUGCUGCGUCAUGCAAAGCAUCACACAGACCAGAGAGACUACAUUUGUGAGUUCUGUGCUCGUGCCUUCAAGAGCUCCCACAACCUGGCUGUGCAUCGCAUGAUUCACACGGGAGAGAAGCCCCUACAAUGUGAAAUCUGUGGCUUCACGUGUCGUCAGAAGGCGUCUCUGAACUGGCACAUGAAGAAGCAUGAUGCUGAUGCCACUUAUCAGUUCUCCUGCUCCAUUUGUGGGAAGAAGUUUGAAAAGAAGGACUGUGUGGUGGCCCAUAAGGCCAAGAGCCACCCUGAGGUUCUUAUUGCUGAGGCACUGGCAGCAAAUGCUGGUGCCCUCAUCACAACCCCUGCCUCCCUCAUGGAUCUGCCAGGUAACCCCAUUCAAGCAGAGGUCACUAGUGUGGAUGUGAGCCAAAUAGGGCAGGAUAGGCAGGUGGAGCAGCUGAGCCAGGAAGGGCGAGUUGGGCAGCAAGUGGCUCAGGCGGGUCACGUGACCCAGCAAGUGAGUCACCAGGUGGUUUUACUGGGACAAGACCAGAGCCUCCAUACCAUGCAGGUGCCAGUGACGAUUGCCCUGUCCCCCAUCGAUCCCCCUUCGCCGGCUGACAACCAGCAGCAGACUCACCUCCAGCUCCAGAUGCCUGUCCAGUUUGUGCAGGCCGCUCAGCAGCCACAGCAGCCUCAAAUCCAACAACUGACACUCCAUUCCAGCUCAGUGGUAACCCAGCAUCAACCACAGCUCCAUCCUCUUCAGUCAUAUUCCUCCCAGCAGCAGAACCAAGGGCAGACACAAAUCCUUCAAAUGACCUUUCAGCCGGUCACCCAGUCUCAAACACACAUUCAGCAGAUCCCAAUUCUAGCUUCUUCUCAGCAUCUUCAAUCCCUGCAGACAGCCACCUCGAGCCCCACUCUCCUGUCCCCAUCCCAUUCCCAGUCCCAGGAUCCAGCAUCUACCAAUGGGGACAGUUUUAUUCUGGACAAUCCAGUGCUCACGUCUUCCUCUCAGUCAGUCAGCUCCCUUCAGCAGACAGAAGCUGUGGGGGAGGACAGCGUGGUCUGGGAGCAGACAGGACAAGGGCAAGUUCUGUCGGACAGCACUGACAGACAUGUGCAGCAGGCCCUUAUAUAAAACACGGACCGAGCACACAAAAUAGAGGAAGCUUAAGUCAUCUGUGACCUGAUUUAUUGUAUUGCAAUGUUUGAGGUAAAUGUAGGAUCACCAAUAUAUAUGUACUGCUCACUCAUAGUCAUAUAUGGUAGCUUUUUAGAAUAUCUGUAUCAGGGAAAAUUAUGUAUGUGUCUGUAUGUGUAAGUUGUUGCCUUUGUACAUAACAGUCCUGUAAACUUAACUAGCCUUUUAUGUGAGUGUGUUUAUUGAUGCUGAGGUAAUGUUGCAAAGCUGUUGCUAUUAUGCAAUAAUAUAGCAUACCUCUUAGUAAUAUACAGCACAUUAAAUGCCUAGUGUGUGGCAUCAAGGUUCCUACUGGAAUAAAUCAACUUUAUUUAUAUUAUUAAUUAAUACAGAAAUCACAUUAGAAAGCUGUAAACAGACUCCAACACAUGCUGAGUGAGUUAAGUCUGUUUAAUGAAUAGGCAGCUAUUUUUUUCAUUUAUUGUCCAGAUCUACUGUAAAGCCUUUAUCUGGCAAAAUUAAAAGAUAUAACAGAAAACUAUCUAAACUCACAAAGAGAAACAUUACAAAACCUGGAAAAACACAGGCAAAAAAGAUGUUUAACAGGUCUGUAAAAAAAAAUCACAAAAUGUGCAUAUUUUGACAGUGUCAUUGGACCUGUUCCAGUGACAUCUUUGUCAAAUGUUUGUUAAGCUUGGCUGUUAGGAUGAUAACCCAUAUGAUGUAUGUACUUCUCACAAAAGUCCUUGGUUAUUAUAGGCAGCAAGAAGGUGACAUUUUAAUUCACACGAGCCUAUACAGUAAUGAUACAGCACAGUCACUGAAUUAGUCCAGCUCAAAUUUUGUCAAUAACCUUUUGAAGUUUGAAGUAAUUUUAAUAAGCAAAGUUGUGUAGAAACCUUGGAACAUAUGUCGAUACUAACUCUGCACCUCUCUGAUUUGUGAUUUAGGAUGUGUGGUAGAGAAAACAAAAACUGUUCAUUUAUAUGAUGUAAAUAAAUGUCUUAACAUUUA